AUGAACCUGCUAUUUGCCUCGCUGGCAACCAUCUAUGGAUAUUACAUCGCACUUAGUGAAAAGUACAAGUUGCGUAUCUUUGGUCUUGCCAUACCUGGUAUGCCUGGUGGUCGAGUCUACAUUAUCAACUCACCCGAACUUGUUCUUGCUGUCCAAAGACAAUCUAAUCAGCUCUCAUUCUGGCACGUCGAAGCAACUUUCACCGUGGGCAUGGCGGGGUUGAGCCCGCAUGCAGCGAAGAUAGUCACACAUAAUGUGAGCGGUGAAGAAGAGGGAACGAGUUUUUUCAAGUCGGGCAUGACGCUUCAACAUCAAGAGAUGCAACCGGGUGAACACCUGUUGAACAUUACCAGGGAUGGCACUCAGAAGCUCGCACGUACCGUUUCGAGACUAGAAGAAAUAGCUAGAAUUGAUCUCAAUCAAUGGAUUGUUGAUACGAUCAUGGACUCCGUAACGGGUAGUUUCUAUGGCCCUAGAAACCCAUACAAAGACCCGGAAAUAUCAAAAGCGUUCAGAGACUUUGAGGACAAUGCUGUUGGACUCAUUUCCUUUCCUCUGCCAAAAGUCACAUGCCGAAAAGCGUACCAAGGUCGCGAAAAGAUGGUCGAUGCAUUUCUCAAGUAUUAUGCGGAUGAAGGUCCCAAAACGGCGUCUCAAAUUGUCCAAUCUCAGGACAGAGUUGCUACCACUUCUGGAAUCUCACUCCUCGAUAGAGCUCGUAUUGACGCUGUUAGUGGGCACGCCAUCUUAGCCAACACAACCCCCACGGCAUUCUGGACUGUCUUCCAUCUUCUCUCAGACCCCAAACUUGUGGAAGAGGUACGAAACGCAGUGGAACCGUUUGUUAAAACUUCAGAGAAAAACGGACAUCUUUCUCGCGAGAUGGAUAUCAGUAAGACCAGGGAUGUGCCUAUCAUCAGAUCUAUUCUGCACGAAUCGCUGCGACAUUAUGCGAAUGGGACCGGGACACGAAUCGUGCUUCAAGACACCAUGCUUGACGAUAAAUAUCUCUUGAAGAAAGAUUCAUUCAUCUUUAUGCCGAAUCGAGCUUACCAUUUUGAUGAAUCAUCCUGGGGAACAGAUGCUGACAAUUUCGAUGCUCAUCGUUUUAUGAAAAGUAAACCAUAUCAACCAGGUGCAUUCCGAGGCUUUGGUGGCGGCAUUAAUCUAUGUCCAGGAAGGUUUUAUGCCAUGAAUGAGAUAUCGUUUCUAUGCUCAAUGCUAGUUUUGCGCUAUGAUGUCAAGCCGGUUGGUGAGGCAUGGAUUCAUCCAGGAGCUGAUAUUAGCAACUUGUCCCUAAUCAUCAAUCCUCCAAUCAAGGAAGUACUGAUGGACUUCAAACCCAGAGCGGGAUGGGCUGGUGGCCAUUGGUCUUUCACGCUUUAA